AAGCGAGACGUUGAUUGGCCAAGCGCGUUACCAACGUCCCGUAUGCAGGGAGCGGUUGGGGAACAAAUGUUUUUGUGACGUAUAACCGGAUUCUUCUUCUAAUGUCCUCUAGCCAGUAGAAAAACCAAUAUCGAGUCAUGUUAUUUUAAGAAAGAGAGAAAAAAAAAUUAUGGAACACAGUAACAUGAUGAUAAAAAGAGAAAAAUUUUCUCCACUUAAGUUAUCUUCACCUAAAUCAAUUCAGUCAAAAAAUUUGACAGGUUCUCUACGUGUUGUAAGUGAUCUAGUUGUAGAUAUUCAUGCAAAUGUACAACAUUGGCAUAAUUUUCAUCAUCAAGGACUUGGUUAUAUAAAAGAUAUUACACAAGAAAAAUGCAAAAGAGAUCCUGAGAAUUUGCAAGAUUUGUGUGACAAGUUGGAAAAAAUUUGUGACAAUUUAGAUAACAUAGUUCUGCGUUUAGAGCAAAUUAAAAAUCAGCUAAACACCAUAAGAGUCCUAGAAAGAGCUACGGACAAAUUGUUUAUAUCUUGGUCACCAAACAAGUUUUGUGAGACAGCAGAAAUUUUAUGGACAGCAUUUCGCAAAGAAGCCGAAUUGAAACGCAACAUACUUGCAAAUGUUGCACACAAUCAUACAGAUUCCUGGAUACUGUUUAAUCUUACAGCGUGGGGACAUCAACCAUUUGUCUCCGGAUAUCUAAAUGUAUUAGUAGAAUCUUUGCUCAUUGAAACCGGUCACAGGUGACAAAAAUUCCCAUUGCAAUUUGUAUUUUAAAUUCUUCUAUUAUCGUGUAAAAUAACAAAAAUAGACGAAAUAAAAGAAAGAUUGACAGAUUCUUUAUAUCAU